AUGUAUGGAAUCCAGGAUUGUAGAAUAGUUUCAGGAAACGAUGAACAAAAUUUUCGAUUAGAAACACGGCGAUCUGGAAGUUUUGAUUGGCUUUUAGACUUACUUAUAAACAAGGAACUUGAUUACGAAACUCAAUCACGAUAUGACCUGGUGAUACGAGCUUCUGAUGGCGGGAACCCACCAAAUACUGCAGAACUUAAUCUUGAAAUUUUACUCAUUGAUCAAAAUGACAAUCAGCCCCGUUUUACGCUCAGUCGUUACCAUGCUUUGAUACCGGAGAACACAACUAUCGGAACUAGUGUUUUACAAGUUGCAGCAACCGAUGACGACGAUGGGGAAAAUGGAAAAGUCACCUACUAUCUGGAUCCGCAGUCAGAAAGAGCAAAGUAUUUUCGUGUGGAUCCGGUGACUGGCGUGGUCAGGGUUAACAAACCCCUUGAUUACGAAACAAUUCCAAAUUUUAGGGUGGCCAUUUUUGCCAAAGAUAAUGGCUCCAGCCCACAGUCAGCCAGUGCUGCUUUGGAAAUAGAUUUGAAAAAUAUCAACGAAUUGCCUGCAAACAUCAGCCUUACUUUUCUACAAUCAGAUGGAAACAAAACGGGUAAAAUAUCUGAAAAUGUUCGUAAAGGUACUCUCGUUGCACGGAUUUCUAUCACCGAUCCUGACAGUCCAAAAGAAUAUUUCGAUGCAAAUAUUACCCUCCUUGGAGGUGAUGGUGUUUUUGACCUUCACGAAUCUAGCGGAGUUGUGUACCUCAUAGUGGUUUCAAAACCACCAGAUCGUGAAGUAAAACCAUUUUAUAAUCUGACUGUUAUUGCAACGGAUGCUGGUGAACCCCCUCUCCAUGCUUCUUAUUCCUUUACAAUUUGGAUAGAGGACAUCAACGACAACGAUCCCGUCUUCACACAGCAGACCUACACAGCAGAAAUUCAUGAAGUUGCUGAGCCUGGAACCUACGUUGUGAAGGUUUCAGCAACCGAUCCUGACGAUGGAGACAACGCUCGGAUACGUUACAGCAUUUCGGACAGAACCCCAACGUCUUGGUUUCAAAUUGACAGUAACACUGGUCUCAUCACAACAAAGUCAGCGAUAGAUUGUGAAAUUGAAGCACAACCCAGACUUUCAGUGAUUGCAUCGGAUGGUGGCGAGACCCCACGGAUAUCGUCAGCUACGGUGAUAAUUACUGUCAGGGAUGUCAAUGAUAAACAGCCAGAGUUUGAUCAAAGUUUCUACUCGGCAUCAGUUCCUGAGGACAAGGCUGUUGGCCACUGCAUCUUACAGGUAAAAAUACUCUUCAUUGUCCUCAGGUGUACGGUGUGGUUACUAAUGUAG